CAUCUACUUCCCGUUCCAGAAUCGCAUCCGGUUUGCAGAAUUCACGAGUGUAGUUCGGAACACACUCUAACUUGGUUGGCACAGAGCCAAGCUUCCAGAUUUGCUGUGGUCUUCUAUGUGAAACAACUUUUUUUUUUUUUUUUUUAAAUCACGUAAAGAUGCCGAGGUGUAUUGUAAAGGCUUGUGAAACUAAACAGGUUCGCACAAGACCCUUAGGAGACAUAUCCAUGCAUACAUUUCCAAAAGCACCUGAAAGAGUAAAACUGUGGCUAGAAAAAACUGGACAGUACUCUGGAGACCUAGAUCUUAUAGUAGAGCAGUUUUCAGAGAAGAAAAAGGGUGGUAACCUUCGCAUGUGUUCAAAACAUUUCACUCCUGAUUGCUAUGAGACUAUAGGAGUGAGCAAGCGCCUUAAAAAAGAUGCUAUUCCUUCUAUCUUCCAUGGUACUGGAACAGUGGUACAGUCCCGCCCAUUUAAGGUUUCACCGGCUACUUCACAUCAACAAAGGGGUGUAGUACAUCUAGACAGCACAUUGAAGGUUUUGCCGGCUAAUAUUUUACCAGUGCACAGUGAAAAAGGGAUAGGAGGUCUGCCUCGGCCAGCUAAGAAAAUGUUUGACAGCUGCAUAGCUGAAAUAACAGUAGAUGGAACUUAUAUAACUAGAGACACUUCGGCUGUUAGGUUUAUAAAAAAAACUACCACUGAGCGUUUAAUUCCUUGCAAGGAUGUUGGCACGUGGACAGGCUCAUAUGAGGACUUUGUGGCUGAACGUACAUCCGUUGGAAUUGAUAUGUCAACUUCAAGCAAUUUUACAGUCCAAUCUAAACAGUCUAAUUCUAAAACUUCACCAAUGGUAAUAUCUGAUAAUGAUAAUGUCCAAGACCAAACUCUCAUCGACACAUCAUCAACAAUUUCACCUGAUCUAGACACUGGUGCAAAUGUGCCUGAGAAAAAUGUCAACACAUCACCAAUUUCACCUGAUCCAAACACAGGUGCAAAUGUGUUUGAGGAAAAUGUUUAUAGUUGUUCAGAUCCCCAACCAGUAUCACUUGAACCAUCAGACAAUGUAUACUAUCAGCAUGAUGUCCCAUCCUAUCUACAGGAGACUGACUCUUUCAUACGUGGUCAUUCUUGUAGCAGUGGUUACCAAAGGGGGAAUCCUUUUGAGGAAAGAAAGUUUAUAGUCUUUGAAUCAAAUUUGGAUGAUUUGUUAUGUAAAAUGAAAUGUUCUUACAAUGGCACAUGUUUUGCACCAAUAAUCCGGGCAAAAAAAUAUAUUUUUGGGACAAUGUUAAUUGUCUAUGGCGACUGUCUUAAUGGUCAUAAUACUAAGCUUUGGCAAAAUCAGCCAGUGAUAGGCAAUAUGCCUAUUGGUAAUCUGUUAUUAUGUGCUGCUCUCUUGUUCAGUGGGAAUAUUUACAACAAACUUAAAGAGUUUUUCAAACUUUUGUGCAUUCCUUUCAUUUCUCUUAAAACUUAUGGAAGCUAUCAAAAAAAAUUUCUUUUGCCUGCCAUUGACCAUCGUUGGAAGAAAGAACGGCAGGGGAUAAUACACUCUUUGCGGGGCAAACCAUUAUGUCUAUCUGGUGAUGGUCAGCAUGACCAAACCGAUUUUCCUACUCAAUGUUGCACAUAUACACUGACAGAAGAACGUACCAAAAAAAUAAUAGAUUUCCAUACUGUCCAUGCUUCAGAAAAAAAAUCAAUGGCGACUCUAGAAUCUAAAGCUUUUAGGCGUUGUGUAAACAAUGUCCUAACUGAAGGUUUGGAAAUUCUUAUCAUUGCCACAAAAAAUAAAGCAAGAAUUAAAAAAAUCAUGGAUGAAGAGUUUAAGCAAAUAAAUCACCAGUUUGAAAUUGGGCAGUAUACAGAAAGUCUACAGAAAAAGUUAAUCUCUUUGGCCAAUAAGCCAUGCAGCACUGCAAUUGCACCAUGGAUACCAACUAUAAUUAAUCAUUUAUUGGUUGCAAGUGCAUUAUGUAAAGGGGAUGCUGAUUUGUUACAGGAGAAAUGGAACUCUGUAAUGUACCAUGUGACUAAUCAACACUCCUGGGUUAAAGGAACUUCCGUUCAUAAAUGUCCUCAUGAUGACUUAAACAAAGAAGAGGACACAAAACAUCCUUGGUUGAAGAUGGGAACUAUGGCUACUUCUGAACUAAGUCUAUUUGUUCAUGAUGAACAGAUUCAACAGGACUUAACUCAUCUAACAGAAUUUUGCAAUGCCGGAGAUACUGAUCUUUUCCACAGCAUGUUGUUAAAGUACAGACCCAAAGGUGCUCACUUUACACUGAAAUCACUCGAGGCUAGAACUAAGCUAGCAAUUCUAGCACACAAUGUAAAUGUGGACAGGUUUCCAGUUAAAAAACAACUUGGCUUCUCGGGACGAGGGUCUUUUGAUUCUUUACAGCAAAAGCUUUUUCCCAAAGACCAAAAACAAGGUCAAGUAGAACCUAUUGACAUGAGUAUGACAAUUGACCAUGUGUAUCCUAUUAUGGAUAAUGUUCUUAGAUUGGCUUAUGGGAAACGUUUACAUGAUUAGCAUCCACAAUCCUUUUUCUAAUCAAAAAAUAUGAAGUCAAUAUCCUGUCUAGAAAUGCCAGUAGUAGCUCAUAUAAGUAAAUUGAAGCCAUUACUAAGUUUUCCUAUGCCAAUGUGGAUGAUCGUAACAGACUUGUUUCCAAGUGCUAAGUAUUUAAUUCUAAGGGGUAGAUUUACCAAUGUCUGUCCGACAUGAUACACUGUAGCGUAUCAUGUCCGACAGACAUUGCUGAAUGCAGACAGCAUACGCUCUCGGCAUUUAUCAUUGCACAAGCAGUUCACCAGAACUGCUUGUACAAUGCCGUCUUCUGCAGAUUCGUAGGGGGUGUCAAUCAGCCCGAUCAUAUAGGAUCGGGCGGAUUGAAUACCGCAGCCUCAGAGGCAGCGGACAAGUUAUGGAGCAGUGGUCUUUAGACCGCUGCUUCAUAACUGCUGUUUCCGGCGAGCCUGAAGGCUUGCGCAGAAACGGGCAUCAGGGGCCAUUUGACCUUUGUUAAAUCGACCCCUAAAUGUUUAAUUCCUCACAUGGGUAAAAGGGAAAGACGUAAAGAAAUUGUCAUUAUGGUCAAGUUAAUUGUCAGCUAUUAAAUACCUUUUGUAUAAUGUCUGGAUAAAGCUAUUUUAUGAUCUGAUCUUAUGUUGUAUACCUUGAGUAUUUUUAUAUUGUUGACACUAUUAAGCAUGGUUCUAUUUGUUGAUUACUAGAUACUGACCAAAAUAUGCCGUGAUCUAUCUUUUGUUGAUUUUUUCAAAAUACAUGUUAAAGCUGACAGAAUAAAAUAAUCAAUUUUG